AUGUCUCUCCUCAUCAUGUUUAGUCAUAUUUAUUCAGCCACUCUCAUCUUGGCUUCAUUGUCGCCUACACACGCCGCAUCUUGUCCUGCACCUGAUCCGUCGGCGCCGCUUCAAAUCAACACCAGCAGCGGUCUCCUCGCCGGAACCAUCCCCCUCUGGUCUCCCCGCGUCCGCACAUUUCUCGGCGUUCCCUUCGCGCAGCCACCCACAGGAAUUAGACGAUGGCUGCCCCCUGCCAAGCUCGAAUCAGCCGCGCGCUUCACCGCGAGCGCCAUUGGACCUGCUUGCCCGCAGCAGCCCCUCAGCAAAACGAAGGGACUCUUCAUGUACAGCCCGACGGGGGGCAACCAGACCCAAUUCUUCCCUCCCGAAGACGACCGUUCCUUCAGCGAGGACUGCUUGACUCUGAAUGUGUGGGCCCCCGUGGCAAGCAAGGAGAAGCUGCCCGUCAUUGUCUGGUUCUUUGGGGGUGGCUUCCUACGGGGAGGUACAAACUCGGCGUACUAUAACCCAGAGUCGUGGGUUGAGCGGACGCAGGGGCAUAUUGUUGUUACCGUGAACUUCCGAUCCAAUAUUUUUGGCUUUCCAAAUGCCGACGGCCUCGAGGACCAAAACCUUGGGCUCCUGGACCAGCGUCUCGCGCUUGAAUGGGUUCGGGACAACAUUGCAAAGUUUGGAGGCGAUCCCUCUAAAAUCGUGGGUUGGGGCCAGAGCGCGGGUGCUAUUGCCGUGGACUAUCUCAACUUUGCCUUUCCCGCAGACCCCAUCUUCAGCGGCCUCAUCUUGGAGUCCGGUACCGCGAGUUAUCCCGCCAAGCUGUGUCAAAGUUUCGACACCACCCAAGCCAAUUUCUCGACAGUAGCCAAAGCCAUGGGCUGCGAGACAGCGUCUUCCCCUCUAGACUGCCUCAGAGAAGCUCCCUGGCAGGAAAUUCAGGCUUCCAUCGAUGAGCUUGGCCUGGCGUCUUCCUUCCUACCCAUCGCCGACGAACGCCGCGUCUUUUCCAACUACACCGAUCGAUCCACCAAGGGCGCCUUUUCCUCCGCACCAGCCAUCAUUGGCACAAAUCAACACGAAGUCAAUGCACUGAUCGCGCCCACCUCGGCCGAGGCGGCGAAUCAAACAUACGUCGAUAGUCUGACCAACAGCACUUUUCUCUGCACAGCAGCCACGGCAGCGCAGCACAGAGAGAGGGCUGGCCGCAAGACGUACCGAUUCAGGUACGAUGGGGACUUUGCCAAUCUCUCGAUUCCUGGCGUCCCGGGGGCAUACCAUUGCGCCGACUUGCCGCUAGUAUUCGGCACUGCUGGCGAUUACCAUGGUGCCUCUACUCCCUAUGAAGUUGAAGUGGGUAAAGUGAUGCAGGAUCUGUGGGUUCAAUUUGCCAACGAUCCUCAUAAUGGCCUUGAACACGCCGGGUGGGAUUCGUACACGGAAGAGAAAGCUGUCUUACUCGGUCCAGAAGAGGCAGCAGUUUUCGAAAUCACAAUUUCGCAGCUCGAAGCGGUCUGUCCGAAGUGA